AUUACAACUGAUGGGAAACCCAAGAUAAUUGAUAUAAUUGAUACAACAGGCAGUGGUGAUGUAACUACAUGUACCGUUGCAGAACCUAAAGAUGGGGAAAUUACCGGUCUUUCUGGAAGAACUUUAAAAAUUCCAGCAAACUGGGUAAAUCCUUCAGGCAAAUACCACAUUGGCAUAAAAAACGGCUAUGAUAUCUAUCCUAAAGCUCUUAAGGAGAGGAUUCAGAAAGAACGCAAGGAAAAGCUCUGGGAUCCUGUUCACAGACUGGCUCUAGCAGAGGCCUGUAGGAAACAAGAAGAAUUUGAUGCUGCUCAUAGCUCUCCCUCCCAGGUAAAUAAGCUAAUAAAGGAAGAACUUCAAAAUCAAGUGGAACUGUUGAAUUCUUUUGAGAAAAAAUAUAGUGAUCCUGGCCCAGUAUAUGAUUGUCUAGUAUGGAAUGAUGGUGAGACCUGGAGAGCCUGCAUAGAUACAAGUGAGAAUGGUGACUUAACUAGCUGUACAGUGCUGAGAACCUACAAAGAGGCUCAGGAAUACGGAUCUUUUGGAACAUCUGAGAUGUUGAAUUACUCCGUUAAUAUAUAUGAUGAUGGAAACCUUCUUUCCAUUGUGACAAGUGGAGGAGCACAUGGAACACAUGUGGCUAGUAUUGCAGCUGGAUAUUUUCCAGAAGAACCAGAACGAAAUGGUGUGGCUCCUGGAGCUCAGAUUCUUGCAAUCAAGAUUGGCGAUACGAGACUAAGUACAAUGGAAACGGGCACUGGUCUAAUAAGAGCUGUGG